GCAACAAUGUUGUUGUCGCCGAUUGGUCAAAAACUUUAAACUGGUCAAAUUUUUCAUUAAAAAAGAACUGUAUUUUAUGUUAGUUCGAACAUGUAAAGAUUUAGCAAGGCCCGGGUGCGGUUAAAGACAGAUAAUCUCAGGAAUGUGUUCAUGGUAACAAUGGUAACCAUCGCUUUGUUGUGAGGUUUUCAUCAACAUCCCGAUUUUAUUGGGGAAAACUUGUGUGGAACUGCGACCCUCGAGACAUGUCCGACCAGGAUUUAGUCGUUAAAUGCAGUGCUAACGUUUUAGUCAAUUAUGUUGAGUCGCUGCACGUCUACACAGGGCUGUUAACAGUGGCUACAGUUUGUGGUGGACUGUCGGGAAUAUUAGCUGCUGCCCUUUUGUAUGUGUUCUGCCUGAAGACUUUAAUUUUCACCAGACAGGGGAACAAUGCAAGGAGGCUUCUUGAAUCUCAUGAUGGAGAAUUGGAAAACAACACCAGCGAUCAUGCCCGCAACGACAGAAAAGAGGCUCCGCCUGCCACAGCUAGUGACAAAGAGAAGAAGCAGGAACCCACGAAUAAUGACGUUGCGGCAUUUGCAUCAAGAGCAAAAGUGGUGUACCCCAUCAACCAAAAAUAUAGACCUUUAGCAGAUGGAGCAUCCAACCCGUCUCUUCAUGAAUGCUCCAAGUUGCCAACAAUGCCAAAGGACGAUUCGUCAUCCUCCUUCACAGAAGGAGAGUCCUUAAGCCAAGAGCUGGACAACGAUGACGGCAGCCAGUUCAUCUCCUCCUCAUCAGUCCCCAAGAACCUGCAGAACCAGAGCUUUGUCAGGGUCUCCCAUUACUCUUACACUCUGACACAAACAGGUUUUGAAGCAAAGAUCAACCUCCAUUGUUUAGCCCUGAAGGAUGUACAACAGUUUUGCUCUCAACUUCUGGAAGAAAAAUAUUUCAUUUUCCUUCAAAUGGUGAAAAAAAUAUUUUGCAGCCAUUUUCCAAGAGACAAAAAAGAUGCAGAGUUCACCAAGCGCCUUCUUCAAAUGCAGCAAAAGGAAGUGGAAGAGCUAACGAAACAGCUGCCGACGGGCCAUGCUGUCAGCGAUGACGGUGUUGAUGCUCCUUGCACUUUGGAGGAAAUGGAAAGAUCGCAAAAAGAUUUUCUUGAAGGCAGCCUUCAAAUGUCUAAACGUUUCAGCAAAAUGGUGGAGGAGCUCUGCCAGCAUGUGAUGAAGAGAACCAGCAGUUUCACUGUGGAUGAAGCACAUGAUUGUACACUCUCUCUCAACCAGACUCUUGUCUUGGUUGAGAAUCACCUCAUGAAAGCUCAAGAGGCGCAAAUUAUGCAAAUCCACCAGAAGCUCUUAUGGUGGGAGGAGCUGACGGGGCUUCUCCAAUCCCAACCGGCCCUAGUACAGCAGGAAGCGUCUCUGAGGCAGGCCUUGAUGGCUACGGCCCUGGAGCAGCUGAACAGCGAGAAUGUUUUGACUUUCAGCUGCAUGGAAACGAUACUUUCGCAAGUGCAGCAUGCGCAUGCAGAGGGCCUUCGACAAUGCAGAGAGGAUUACAUGAGGAGAACAAAGGAGUUGCUGGUUGAAAAGUGUAACAAAAUGGAGGCAAAGCGAAAAAAACUUUGGACGAGCCAGGACAAAGAGAGGAGUCGUUUACUGGAGCUACGACAAACUCACGGUGACCCAGAGCAGCUGUCAAAGGAGUACCAAGAGCUAUCGUUAAAACAAAGGCAAAAGCUUUACGAUCUGGAACUACAACAGGACGACCGGAUGGCUGAAAGCCUCUGCAACGUUUGGACAGUCGGUCUUUUCAAUACGCUCCAGUAUUUCUCUUCAUGCACCCUGUUUCAUGUACACAACCAUUACUUUGACCGCAACAUGUCUUCUGUUCAGAAACUCCGCAGCACCUGGUCAAAGAGGCUUGAAGAAGGAGCCAAGGACAUCUUUUGCAUGUCCGUUACCACCCAGUGCAAGCUGUCUCACGAACGCUGUCAAACGCUGUGGUUGGACGUAGAACAGCAGUUUGCCGCGCAGCAGCAGCAGGCGGAGAGAACGAUCGCACUGCAAAUGGACCAGAUACACACUCAAAUUGAACAAGAUCGGCAGGUCUGGACUGAGUCACGAGCUCUGAUGCAUGCAAGCCUCAAGGAUCUAAAGAACCAGCAGACGGAAAUCCUGCGGGCCAUGGUGGUCAGUCAGAGCUACACACUGAACAGUCAUGUUGGGAAGUUGCUGGACAAGAAACACGAGCAUCUGCUGGCAAGCGUGCAGCGCCAAUUCAUGGCCAGACACUUUUGUCUGCACUUGCUCAAAGAGAUGAGGCUGUCCAAACUGAAGGUUCUGUCUCGGAGAGACUUUCGAGCUCUGCUGAUGCAAGACCCCGCCACAGUCCCGCCGUGCGUUGAUUCAGCUGUCAAGGAAAGCAGCGCUAGCCUAGCAGAAAAGCAUCUGGGUCCAGAGAGUCAGCUGGUGAGCCACAGUUUCCAUCAGGAGUUCCUGUCUGAGCUGGAAACGGGGACGGAGAUUCUUAUAAAUCAUUCGCAGUUGGUGCUCGGCAACGCCCUCAGCUUCGCCGUCUUACGGUUGAUGGAAGGUCGGCUGUCUGAAUCACAAAGCUGCUCCAGGCGUGAUGACGCCUCGAAGCGCCAUCUCACAGAGGCUGCUUCUGAGAGCGUAUACGUGACCAAAGAUUCUCUAACUGCUCUCGUCCAAACCUACUAUUCUCAUUUACAAGAUAUCGCUCAAAAACUACGGCCACAUCAGUCAAACACAAACCUUGAUGUGACUUUGGAAGACUCGAGUGGCAAUCAGUUGAACAAAGCUUUGCUGAGGGAGCUGGAUAACUGGGGGAGGAAACCCGCCUCUGCUAAGUUGCAACAGAGGGUUGAAUUCCACAAAAGGAAGAUUUUAGAGCAGUGUAAUCUGGAACAGGAGAUGAAGUGCGAGGACCUGAGACGAAGAAAAGUAGCCCAGGACCAGGACUUUGAAAGGAUCAAUGUUCGACUGCAGGAAGCUGAAAGAAAGUUCAUGAGUGAUUUGGCAGCAUUGGCUCGGGUUUCCCUCCACAGUCCGGAUGCAGAAGACGGCGAUGAAGAUGACGACGCAGGGAAGCCCGUGUUCUCUGGGGAAGAGAUGACCUCGAUAAUGGACCUCCUUGCUCGGAACCCAGCUCUAGAUCCAGCCUUGAAUCCUUUACUGACUCCAACAGUUGUCACUCCAGCCACAUCAAAACCGACAAAAAAGAAAAGAAGACGGCAAGAAGCUCAGAACAGUUGAAUGCAAAUAUAUUUUUAUACAUUUGGGACUAGAUAUAGGGUUUUAUAUAUUUAAAAAAAAGAUGAACUAAUUUUUGGAGGGUAUUUUUCCAUGUUUUAUUUUUUUUCUACCUCACUGUUUAGGUGUUCAUAUAGUGGCAUUCACAAUCACAAAUGUGGCCAAUUUAGAGUCUUCAACGAGGAAUGUUUGUGACUAAAAACUUUAGAACUGAGGCAAAUGUGCUAACCACUAAGUUUCUGCCUCACGUGUACAUACUGUGAAUAUAGAUGGCUAAAAGGUCCACCUUACUUUUAAGUGCUGUUUUGAAAUUGAGUGACAAAAACAAAGUCCGUGCAUUAAUUCACCAGUAGUGUUCACCAGUCAAGUGAUCACUCACUAUGCUGAUGUUUGCCUUGGAUAUUUUCGAAGGAUUGUUACAAGCCGACAAAAGCAAACGUCCUUGCAUCAGUUCUUUGCAAAACACCAGGCAAAAACCACUUCUGAGAGAGAACAUGAACGAAAGAGGGCAAAAAACUACGAGGGCGUAGUUAAACGUUAAAUGACCAUCAUUUGCAUAAGUCUCAUUUAUUGUGAAGUAAUUGUAACAUGUAUUUGUUACAUAUUUUGAUGCAUGUUUAUGCUUCAUAAAACAUUUAUGUCUGAAAUUUGGGAAGCUUGGAACAGAUUAGGGCAUUUACAUGGUAAACGCGUCUCUACUUACAAAAAUUUUCUAGUGAAGAAAUUUCUUCCAGAACAUAUUAAUUUCGUAAGUAGAGGUACCACUGUAUUUUUCCAUGUGUUUUUUUGUGAGACAAAGCCAACAAACAUUCUUCAUUUAUAGUCACUCUGGCCGGAAAUGUUGGUGUUCAAGUCGGGUUCCCUUACAUUCAAUGACACUGACAGAGGUAGUACGUAGGUUGGGGGAGUUAUUUGUUACUGGUAUUCAUCCAAAAGGAAUCAAAUAUUGUAUGUACUUACAUAUACUUACUACACAUUGCAA